CAGCGGGGCAGCAUGUCCGGCACCAAGUACGUGGACUCGGAGGGCUUUCUGUACGCGGCGCCCGUCCGGGAGCAGGGCAACAUCUACAAGCCCAACAACAAGAUGAUGGCAGACGAGCUGAGCGAGAAGGCGGUGCACGACGUGCACACCAAGGAGAUCGACCUGGUCAACCGGGACCCCAAGCACCUCAACGACGACGUGGUCAAGAUUGAUUUUGAAGAUGUGAUUGCUGAGCCAGAGGGAACACACAGCUUUGAUGGGAUUUGGAAGGCCAGUUUUACCACCUUCACUGUAACGAAAUACUGGUUUUAUCGUUUACUGUCAGCAAUCUUUGGCAUUCCUAUGGCUCUCAUCUGGGGCAUCUACUUUGCCAUCUUGUCAUUCCUGCACAUCUGGGCGGUGGUGCCAUGCAUAAGGAGCUACCUGAUUGAGAUCCAGUGCAUUAGCCGUGUCUAUUCCAUCUGCAUCCACACGUUCUGCGACCCACUCUUUGAGGCUAUAGGCAAAGUGUUCAGCAGCAUCCGAGCCACAGUACGGAAAGAGAUUUGAGGGACAUUUGAAGAAAAGCCAUCAGCCUAGAGAGUGGGUGGGGGUUUUGUGUUGGUUGGGGUGUUUUGGUGCCAGUUUCGUUUUCCAAAGCAACAUAACAGCAACUGGUGGAUUUACUGGCCCAAAACAAAGAAUCACUUGCUCAGUUUCUUUUUCUACUGUGUAUUCCUACUGGACUACUUGCUUUUUUAUUAUUAUUAUUAUUUUUCCCUCUCUUUUCAGCCUGCAUUUCAAACUAACCAUCAAUGACUAUUUUUCCAUGCCAGUUGCAUAUCAUUUUGCUGGCUGUUCAAUUCAGAGACAGAAGUGUUACGUUGGGUGCCUUUUUAUCUCGCUGUUCAUUCCUUGUAAGAUAAAUCCGUAGAGAUACCAAAGAAUGACAAAAAUGUUUUCCAACACUGUAAUGCCAUUCAUUUUAUUGUGGCCAAAGAGUGUAGAGCUACUGCAGCAGAAUGAACGUGACAAGCUGGCAGGUUUUAGCAGAAUGUUCUUUUUCAAUUGUAUCGUCAGUUGACUACAGCUAUUUGCAGUCGUGGUCAGGUAUGGUGUACUAUGAAUACAUUGGUUAAGUAAACAAAUUACUUAAUUAAUACAUGACCUGAAAAGCUAACGCUUCAUCAGGCUGGAAACAUAGACACGUGAAAGCUUUUCACGUCCAUAAAAAAGCUUCUGUCUGUGCCUUUUGCUCUCUCUCUUGGAAGUUUGCAGCCAGUUGUUUCUCAGCCUUCUGUGGAGUUGUAGAAGCAAACUGCAGUUGAAAACUAAAACUGGUCAUUAUAGAAAUGUUUUCCUAACUGUGACUUAUGACACAUCUCUUAGCUAGCAUUUAGGUGCUUAUCUCAUAGGCUUCAUUUUUUUUCCAGAGUAUUCAUAUAACUACAUAUUUUAAGUAUGCCAGAGAUAACCCCAAGUUACGAGAAAAAUGAAGGUGUGCCAAACACAAGCCACAAAAUGCCAAGGAGGAGCUGCCUCUGAGAGAAACUUUCCUAUCAGCUUUAAAAACUUUCCUAUCAGCAGAAGUCAGCAUGCCACUAGCACACAGAAUAUUUUCAGGAGAAUUGAUGCUUUGCUGAGUCUAAACUAAUCCAUCAUGAGAGAUGGGUUAGAGCUUCAAAUCAUGGAUUUGUUCGUUUGUUUUUAGACAGGCUGCAACAUCAGAAGUCUGAAAUGGAGGGUGUUGUGUGAAGCUAGCCUAUGUUGCAAGGUGCAAGGCCUACAAAAUAGAGCCCUUGCAACAUACUCUGAUGCUGUGACCUACAGGAUCCUACAGGAACUCCUGCAGGAGCUCCUGCAGGAGCUUUUUGCCCUCAUGAUAGUACUGUGUUGAGAGAUACUGCCUGUAUCCUCAUGUGGUUUGUGUGAAGCUUUUGUAAAAAUAGUUGUGAGGCUGAUCAGCUUUAUUGUAGCCUGACCUGGGGCCUGAGCCUGCUCCAGUUGGCACCUACAGCAAACCAGUUCUUGACCUCCAAGAGUGCAGGACUUGGCCCAUGGGACUGAGCACAGAGCUGUCUGGUACACCUGCAGCUUUUUUAUUUAGCGCUGAUAUUUCACUUACUGCUUUACCUAACAUGGGAGUGCCUUCGGUUCUUUUUCUACCAAAGCAUUGAAAACGUUAGGAGAUGCUGCAUUUUUUAAAGGGGGUGGGAGGGAGAGAAGAGGGGAGAGGGUGCACAAAAAGUUACAAAGCUAUUAACUACUAUUGUUUGCAUUUAAAACAGACACUGGUAUGGAUAUAGUUUUAUGUUUUUCUAUGUACAUAGUGGAGAGUGUACUAUUAUAGAUUUUUUCAGAAUUAAAAACAAGCAAGAUUAUAAACAAGAAAUAUUUUAUCUUUUUAUGAGGAAAAUCACUCUGAAGAAAACCUUGAUUUAUCAUAUAAACUGUAUAUCCUGAAAGAUGUCUGUUCACUUAGAUUUAUUAGUCCCUAAUCCAAAUACGUUGCUGAUCUGAUACAUUUACAUUGUUGUUAUGUGCUUACAGAUAUAACUGACACUUUUUUAAUUCUGCAUGUACAUUAAAGACUACAAUAAAACAAUGUUUAAUGG